CUACAGUUAUAACAUAGUUACUACUCUAGUAUGAAAAAACCCUUUUAUAAAUUAGUUUUUUGGCUUCUUAAUUAGGUGUUCUGCGAUUGCUUAUUGAGUCAGUGUUCUGUGGUUGGUACGAUGGCUACAGAUGAGCAGGUUCACAAAGUUUCCCUGAAAGUUUUGGUGGACAAAGAGCAAAACAAAGUUCUAUUUGCGGAGGCAGGGAAGGAUUUUGUGGACGCUUUGUUGAGUAUCUUAACAUUGCCUUUGGGGACUAUUGCUAGACUCGUGGCUAAGGAGUCAAACAUUCCACCAGUGAAAUUUGGCAGCCUGAGCUCAUUGUAUGAAAGUGUGUCUCAUCUUGAAGAUAAGUAUCUACGGACACAAAAGUGCAAAGAAAUGCUACUGCAGCCAAGGAACUCUAUGGAAUCUUAUUGCCAGCACGUGAAACUGAACAUCGAUGACACCGAACCCACAAAGUACUUUCAUUGUGCAGACCGGACUUGUAGUAUUGUAAAUGGGAGACAAUUGUCCAUUUUAAGAUAUCAAAGAUGCCGUUGUGGAAAGCUAAUGCAAAAAGAAGUAUCUGGAAGAGAAGCGAUUCUAGAAAAUGGUUUUGUUAAUGAAACCGCAACUUUUAUAAUUUGUGACGAUCUUUCUGUGUUGCCCAAUGUUCUUGGAACAAGUGUAAGUCUUCUUAGGAAGCUUGGAAUCAAAGACAUGGUUACCAUUGACGAACGAAAUGUAGAUAUCAGUAAGAGGGAGGUUGUUGAUAUCCUUAAGUUGUCUUUGCUAUCAAAGACACCUUUAACAGAUUUUAUCCUGGAGAAGAAAGAUGAUAAUUUCAACCCAAUAAACCAACCCCAAAUUGGGAUAGGAGAGAAAUCAUCUGAUGAAGGUAGAAAGAUGGAUGUGAAAGUAAUGGUAAGAAAAUCAGAUAGCAAAAUUCUGUUUGUAGAAGCUGAGGCAGAUUUUGCUGACUUACUUUUCAGUUUGCUCACUUUACCUCUGGGUGGAGUGUUGCACAUGCUUAAUGGAUGCUCUUCCUUAGACAGCAUAGAUAAAUUGUAUAACAGCACUGUUGAAUUAAAUACAGACAGAUAUUUUAGGUCACAGGAACUCAAAGACAAACUAGCUAAUCCCCAGUGUGCUCCACAAUUCAACUUACACAACCAGAUAUUACCAAUUGGCGCCGUGCGCUUGCCAGAUAUUACCAACAGUAUGCAAUUUGAGAUUGUUGAUCCAGAGUCAUCUAUUGGGGGUUCAUCUAGCAAUGGAGGAUUUGCCAAAGCACAAUCGAUGUUUAUGGUGACAGAUGACUUGGUUAUGACACCAAUGUCGUCCAUUUCUGGUAUUUCAUUUCUAAAUAGAUCAAAAGUCUCCCUGCUUGACCUGGAGGAAAGGGUCGUUAACAUUGGUGUGAAGGAGGCACUAGCUAUCUUGAAAGCUUCCUUGACCUCAACAUCUGCUUUGACAAACGGUCUCAAGCAAUUCAUCAAAAAAGCAUCAAUUAAGAGGGAGAUUUGAUCCAUUACUUCCAUUUUGUUGAAGGUUAUAGAAUCGUCGGUUCUACAAAAUAGAUAGAUAUUUACAUAUUUCAGAGUCCUGGCUGUUCUAAU